AGCAAGUGCAUUUCACAGCAAAUGCACUCUCCAAUCCGAAACCACAACAAAACACUUUGAUUAACUAAAAAUAAAGCAAUCGCAUUUGAAUCCCAGUGCACAAUGGAAGAUAAGGUUAUCGGAUCGGAGAGUUGGGUAACCGAUUCAUUCGGUGAAAAACUACGGAACGAUGACAACGUGGGUGAGCUGCGGAUUGUUAAUUGUAUCUCUGGGAAUUCUGGGGAUUCCUCCACCGAUUUCUGCUGGUAAUGUUCUGGCCGUUUAUCCGCACUUUGGUUUUAGCCACUUCAAAGUGGUGAUGCCCAUACUCAAUGAGCUAGCGAAUCGCGGACAUGACAUCACAGUGAUCUCAUACGUGAAGAAUCCCCAAGCCGAGUCCUUUCCCAACUACGAGGAACUGCUGAUCUCAGCGCCUGGUGAGGAUCAGUCUAGCACCACGAUCAAUUUGGUGCCCCUGACGGAAAAUACACCCACAAGAUCCCUGGGAGUACUAAUCCGGGAGUAUAUAGCCCUGCACGAUGAGGGUCAGGAGACCUGUGAGCAUCUCUUCGCCAGUGGCCACAUAGAAAGGGUAAUCCAACGACACCAGAACAAACCCUAUGACCUACUACUCACGGAAUAUUUCAACUCCGACUGCCAGCUGGCCCUGGCCAAAUUAAUGAAUCUCCCAAUUAUAGGCUUGAGUACCUGCGCUCUGAUGCCCUACUAUUACGAUCGCAUCGAUCUGCCGGAUACACCUGCCUUUAUACAAUCGGAAUUUGUGGGUUUUGCCGGCCAACUGAAAUGGCACGAGCGCCUGCUCAACUUUGUUCAAGCCAAAUUAUUAAAGACUCUCUACAAAUAUCACUCGAAUAGGGCCGACAACCAAGUGAUACAAAAGUAUCUUGGAGUGAAUAUAGAUGUAGAUGAAGUAGCUCGCACCCAAACUGCUUUCAUUUUCGGAAAUCAGCACUACUCGCUGAUGGGAAGUCGUCCACAAUCCCUACAAUUUGUGGAAAUCGGAGGAGUGCAUAUCACUAAGAAGGCAGAACAGGAGUUACCAGAGAAUAUCAAGAGUUUUCUCAAUCAAUCUAAGGAUGGUGUGAUUUUUAUCAGCUGGGGUUCCAUGGUGCGAGCUUCAAGCAUCGAUGAAGAUAAACUAACAGCUAUUUUGGAAGUUCUACAAGACCAGCCCUUAAGAAUCAUUUGGAAAUGGGAGGGCGAAGAGACGCCAAAAACAGAUUCAUCCAAAUUUCUCUUUGUCAAAUGGGCUCCUCAAUUGGCUCUACUGUGUCACCCCAAAGUAAAGUUGUUUUGGUCUCAUGGCGGUUUACUUGGAACCACAGAAUCGGUUCAUUGUGGCAAACCCUUACUAGUCACUCCGAUUUAUGGGGAUCAAUUCCUUAAUGCUUUCUCUGUACAAAAUCGAGGAAUGGGUCAAAAGCUGGACUAUGAAGAUAUCACUAUACCAAACUUAAAACAAGCUUUUACGGAACUGAGCAAAAAGAGUUACGCCCAACGUUCUCUUCAGAUCUCAAAGAUCUUUAAUGAACGCCAGAAGACGCCUCUGGAAUCAGCCAUUUGGUCUGUGGAACAUGUCAUUCAAAAUGGUUUAGUGGCCGCAGAACUACUUCAAUCGCCGGGCAUAGAGCUCAACAGUUUUAUCUACCACUCAUUGGAUAGUGUGGCUCUUAUUUUCAUUCCCGUAACACUUUUAAUAAUAAUCCUAAGCUACCUGUGCAGAAGACACCCAUCUACAACUGCCAAUAAGAAACUUGGCAAGAAGCCAAAGAGAUCUUAA